CUUCAUUCAUGAGAUAUUUCCCUAUUUUGCAGGAUAAUUUAUCGAAAUAUUGAAGUGAAGUUUAUAAAUAAUUUAUGAAAUACAACACAUGAAUCAAAAAAAUGUCUGUACAAUCGAAAUUUGACUUCACCAGUUCUUCCAAUUUCUUCUCAACUCAAUCCUCAAAAUGGCGUUCAUUAAUACCCUAACUUCAUGACUGUUGUCGUUAUUCCCUUCGCGAAAAUUUGUUUGAGCUGAAGUUCGUCCUCCAAUCAUAAGAUAAUCUGUCAAUUCAAAACCCCUCGAAUCAUCCCCAACAAUAUUCUCCCCUAAAAUGCGUAAAAAUCAUUUGAUUCCGGGAUUAAAUCUGUCGACACAGUCAUAUACCCUAGGUUAGGUGAUUUUGUUUAAUUCGAUGUGAAGAAUUGUCAAGAAAAAAUAAAUGAAGUGCUGGAUUUUGUUUAAAAGGAAAAAACAAAAAAAUUACGAAUAAUGGGAUCUUCACUUUUAAUUUGUCCCAUGUGCUGUGGGGAGACAUUCAAUAGUUCACAGUCAUUGAAAUAUCAUUUAUUGAGUAUGACUGAUAAUUUGUACUGUCCUGGAUGCUCACAGAGAUCAGAGAGUGUUGCUGCCUUGAUUCAGCAUCUCGAUGCAUGUGGCACUGGUAAUAAUGUCACUUUCGAGGAAACAGUGAAUGAUGGAAAAAUUGGCGAGAACGAGGUGCUGAUGGACACAAACGUCGAACAAAUCCACGAAAGUUUCCUGGCAACAGUGAAUAACGAAGGGAUUAUGAUAGUGGGAGGGCCUAGAUCCAUCCAGGUAGACGACAAUGGUGAAAUUAAAAUGAUUCAAAAAAUGGAAAUAGAGGACGAGCCAGAGGAGUCGAUUCUCCCUGACGACAACUACCAGCAAUUGGAUAACGUCGAGGACGACGUCUCCACGAAGCCAUCGACAAAGAGAGACAGCAGUGAUAAUCCACCUGUGAUCAGUAUCCCAGAAACAGAAGACACCAAUGACAACAGAAUUCUUGCGAUGUUCCCCGACGAGACGACUGAGUACCUGGAGAACGAGCAGAGUUUGAUCGACAUGAAUCCAGACGAUGAGACGGCAGAGCUCGAGGGUGAGGAAUUAAUACGCAUCGAUGGAUCAGCUCUCUACAGCUGCAGCAGUUGUGGAAUGGGUUUUAAUUCGGUGUUGGAACACAUAAAGCAGUACCACGACGGACAAGAGGUUGUCCUGGAGAUGGCCGACGAGGGAUCAGCAGCUGAGGAGGAGUUUGUCCAGCCUGAGGAGCCAGUGACCAAAGCUAAACCGAGACAGAAGAUGAAUACAAUCAAGACUGAGGAGUGUAUUGACUCCGAGGGGAGACUUUACACGAGAAAAGUCGUGCAGAUUGAGCCCUUCUGGGAUCGUUCCAACAACGUCAAUUCAAAUUCAAAAACAACAUCGAUGCUCGAGAAAUUCUUCUCGAACGCCGAACAGACCAAGAAACAUGAUCUACCAGUUCCCCCAAAAGACUAUCGUUGCAAUCAGUGCCAAGAACACUUUCCCAGACUCGUAGAUUUUCGAACUCACGUCUGCAUGAACGGUUCAAAUCAUUGCGACCACUGCGACCAGUCAUUCGCAACAAUUAAAGCCCUCCAAAUCCAUUCAAAAAUCCACGAAGAGUCUGGUGACCCGAGCCACUUCAUCUGCACAAUAUGCGGCACUAAAUUCUCCUCCCACAAGAGCCUACGUCUGCACUCUCGAAUGCACGCACCAGUUCGAGAAAGGCACGUGGACGCCCCCGAGGGUGACACCGACGACACAUUUACCUGCGACGAGUGUGGAAAAUCAUUUUCCGAGUCCUACAGAAGUGCCCACAUGGCACUUCACACUGGCGACUCGUACACCUGCACUAUAUGCAAUCGAAAAUUUGAUUCUGCUGAUUCACUGGCAAUGCACGCAGCUGUUCACCCAGAGCUAGGUGGAUUUCAUCCGAAUAGGGGAAAGGGUAGAAAGGUCUCAAGAAAGAUGAAAGCACCGAGUCCUGUGGAUGGUGAUCUUGGAACGACUGAGGGACAGGUGGUUGAUGGCAAUGAGAAUGAUAAUGAUAGCAACGAUAAUGGAGAUUUGUCGAAGCCUUAUCAGUGCCAGCAUUGUGGGAGAAGAUUUACAAGACCUCACGAGAAGGUGAAGCACGAGAGAAUUCACACCGGUGAAAAGCCACAUGCCUGCGAGGUCUGUGGUAAGACCUUCAGGGUGUCAUACUGCCUGACACUCCACAUGAGAACACACACUGGUGUUCGUCCAUAUGAGUGCAAACACUGUGGAAAACGUUUCAAAGCAUCAUCAGUCUACAAUCAUCACUUGCUCACUCACGGCGAUGAGAGGGCCUACAAGUGUCCAUUCUGCCCAAAAAAAUUCAAAACCCGAGUUCAAUUAGCUGGACACAAGAACAGUCAUACCAAACCAUUCAGGUGCACCGAGUGCUCCAGACCCUUCGCCUCUUUGUACGCAGCUAGGGCUCACAUUGCUACACACAAGAAGGACAAUAAUUUGAAAUUCCACUGUUAUAUCUGCGGUGCAUCCUAUGGACGUGCAUUUGCACUCAAUGAUCACAUGAAGAAUCAUGGAACUGAUGCCACUCUACCACCUGAACCUGCACGCGAGGAAAUCAUUAAUGAGGAUUUUCUACUGGAGGAGGACAUCACUGAGCAGGAGCUCACCCAGGAUAUCACGCCUGAUUUGCAACUGAGUGAAAAUGGAAUGAUCAAGAAAUUCGUGGACUCUGAUUGAGACUAUUGGCUGUUUUUUUUAGGAGAAUUAUUUAAUUUUUAGUUGUGCAUUACCUUGGAUUGGAAUUUUAAUCGAGUAUUUGUUUGAUCCAAGUGUCCUUAAUAAAUUUAUAUCAUUCGAACCUGGGUGGUGGUGAAUAUUUCUUCUAAGGAUAUCCGAGUACUUGAGAUUUUUCUCAUUUCUUGAUAUCCUCGUGUCGAAUUAUCGUUGAUUCAAUUUUAAUCCAUUGAAUGGCAUUCACAUUAAUGUUGACGAAUAAAAAAAAAAUUGAGAAGCAAAUAUAUCAUUAU